AUGGAAACGCGUAAAGAAACGUCAAAGACCACAACGAAUAAAUUCUCCCAUGGUGUGUAUUGGCACUAUUUACAAGAGCUUCUUGCUAUGAUAUCCGAUGAUCGUAUCAUUGCGGAAGAAAGCGCGGGAAAUGUAAAUGAGAUGAGGGAACAAUGUCGAUUGAUUACUCAUUAUGUUCAACAGCAGUGCCAAGAUACAAUUAGUGAUGAAAAUGUGUUGAGAUGGAUUGAUUAUGGCCGUGGAAAUAUUGCCCAUCGUUAUUGGACACUGGAUCCGAUCGAUGGAACAAAAGGUUAUCUACGUGGUGAUCAAUAUGCAAUUGCGCUGGCACUUGUUUUUGGAGGCCAAAUAGUGAUAGGUAUUAUUGCAUGUCCUGCACUCGAUGAAGGAAUAAUAUUUUGGGCUGUACGAAGUCACGGUGCGUAUCGUCAAGAUAUUGAACAGCAAACAUAUCUCAUAUUGAUUAAAAUGAUGUUGAUCGGAGUCAUUUGCAGGGGAUAUCCUGUCUUCAUAAAUCACAAUUUAUGA